AUGGGGGGUGCCCCCCAGUUCGUGGUGCACGAGGUGCCGGGGCAGGAGCUGGAGGUGGAGCUCUUUGACAAGGACCCGGACCAGGACGACCUCUUGGGCAGGCUGAAGCUGGACCUGGAGGAUGUGAUGAAGCGCCGGGUGGUGGAGGAUUGGUUCCCGCUGCAGGAGGGGGGGCAGGGCCGGCUCCACCUGCGCCUGGAGUGGCUCCGCCCCCUGGCGGAUGCCUCCAAGUUGGAGGAGGUUCUGGAGAGGAACCGGACGAUCCAGGGCAAACCCGACCCCCCCUCGGCCGCCAUCCUCAUGGUGUACCUGGAGCGGGCAGAGGAGCUGCCGGCGCGGAAGCCGGGCCGCGCUCCCAGCCCCAUGGUGCAGGUGUCGGUGCAGGACGUGACCCGGGAGAGCAAGGUGGUUCCCGGCACCGCGGCCCCGCUCUGGGACGAAGCCUUCAGGUUCUUCCUGCCCGACCCCCGCAGGCUGGAGGUGGAAUUCCAGCUCCGGGACGAUUCCCCCCCCGCACCGCUGGGGGCGCUCUCGCUGCCGCUCUCGCAGCUGCUGGAGGCGCCCGGGCUGAGCCUGGCGGGGCCCUUCCCGCUCCAGGGGGCGGGGCCUCGGAGCCGCCUCCACGUGAAGCUCGUGCUGAGG